ACUCAGGGAAGGUGAGGCUUCUUCUGCAUCAGCUUUACAUCUGUGUCUCAAUGUUGUGGCGCAACUAAUGCUUGUUUUUCUCUUUCGUCUGCUUGAGUAACAGCUGAUGCAUGUGUGUUGACAUGGGACUAAAUCGAAAUGCAACUGAAGGAGAUUUUCAGUAAGGCAUGGAUCUGAGCAUUGAUCUGAAGGAGGUGGGGGUGUUUGCAUCAGGGGGCCACAGCACUGGAGCACAGGAGCCUGAUUCAGGAGAGGCGGCGAGGACACUUGAUCUGCACCCAUCAGGGGCUUCCUAUGAUCUGGAUGACCACGCAAAGAGUCUCUGUGCCAGAGCCAAGCCGUUUCAGUGCUCUCAGUGUGGGAAGGGUUUUUCCCGCAUUCAGCAUCUGUCCGAACACGUCCGGAUUCACACAGGAGAGAGGCCUUUCGAGUGCUUGGUGUGUGGAAAGACUUUCACCCGGGAGAGAGACCUCAAGACCCAUCAGAUCGCCCAUACGGAUGCCAAAGCCUUUCACUGCACGAUUUGUGUUAAAAACUUCGCCCUGUUAUCCUCCUUGAGAAGACAUCUGCGUGCAUUUCAUCAAGGUCAAGAUGUUAGUACGGAGGGCAAGUGCUUAAUUUGUGUCGAAUGUGGGAAAAAUUUUGCGUGUCAGCUGGAGGAACACGAGCUAACACACACGGGAGAGAUUUCCCACCGCUGCCCCGACUGCGUCAACAGUGUCGCACGUCUAUCCGGUCUCGCAUCUCCUGAACAGACCUUCUCUGAAUCCGAGGACAUGAACCAUUUGGACGCUCAUGACAGUGAGAGGCCUUGCACUUCUGUGGCCUCUGAAGAUCUACUCAAGCACUUACAAACCGACGCACUUAAGGACAUUAGUGAAUCUCACCCCCUGGAACUUAUAGAUAAUAUUGAGAGCGAUGCACCAAAUGAAAACAUUCCCCAAAGUCAAGCUCCAUCUGAGCUCUGUCACGACUCUGCACAUUCUGCUGAAAAGGGCAUUGAAACGCUGAAUCCUCUUCAAGAGGAAGAGUCUGCAGCUCACAAGCAAGCGUGUGAUGAAUACAAACCGCAUCAGUGCAAUCACUGUGGAAAGGGAUUUCAUAAGCAAGCGAAGCUUCGGAUCCAUCUGCGCGUUCACACCGGAGAGAAGCCGUACCAGUGCUCCCAGUGCGGGAAAUACUUCAGCCAAGCAGUAAACCUCAGAAAACACCACCGUACUCAUCACACGGAGGAGAGACCCUACCACUGCACACUCUGCGACCGGAGGUUUUCUCUCUCCUUCUCGCUGAUAAAGCAUCAACGUGUCGCUCAUCCAGAACAUUUGAGUGUUGCUGAAAGAAAUCGCUUUACCUGUCCAUACUGUGGAAAAAUAUUCGGACGACAUCAAGAUAUGGAGCAACAUAAACGCAUUCACACUGGAGAGAGACCGUUCCGCUGCACCGUGUGCAACAAAAGCUUCAGGCAGCGUUCGGUGUUGAUCGUGCAUCGGAAAAUUCACACCGGAGAAAAGCCUUUCGAAUGUUUCGUAUGCUUCCGACGGUUUUAUGGUUCAGGAGAUCUGAAGACACACAUGGGAACUCAUACCGGCGUGAGACCUCACAGUUGUCCUUUGUGCUCCAAAAGCUUCCCUCGGCCCAGCAGCCUGCAAGCACACAUGCAGUCCCAUCUGAACAAGCUGCAGGACGGAGAUGCUGGAGAUGCUAUGCUUAUUCCCGAGGAGGAGGACCAGGGUGAACUAGAUAACUUGGAAGGAGUCUGUGGUGUUUCUGCUUCGUCGCAGCUAUCAGCAGUGCUUUCUGAAAACCUUGGUGCUAUUGAAGACCAAAUGAGCACAGGGGAGCGUCUAUCAGAGACUGAGAUGAGAUUCAGUCCGUCGGUGAAUCAAGACCUUGAUGCUGAUCAGAGUUCCAGCUCAGAGCUGACGGAUCAUCAGAAGCCAUAUCAUUGUGCCAUAUGCAACAAAACCUUCUCUCUCGCAAUUUCCCUGAAAAGACAUCAACUUAUAUUUCAUCCAGAUCAGCAUGUUGACAAAGAGGGGAAGUGCUUCCCCUGCUCUUAUUGCGGGAGGAAGUUUGGUCGACGCCAAGGCUUGUUACAGCACGAGCGAAUUCACACAGGUGAAAGGCCCUUCAACUGUCCCACCUGUAACAAAAGCUUUCGUCAGAGAUCGGCUCUGAUUGUGCAUAUUAAAACACACACAGGAGAGAGGUCAUUCCUGUGCUUUGUGUGCAAUAAGAGCUUUUAUACCCCAGGAGACUUGAAGAAACAUCUGGAAAUUCACACAGGAGUGAGGCCACACAACUGCCCUGUAUGCUUCAAGGGGUUCGGGCGUCCCAGUUUCCUCCGAGCUCACAUGCGAAUUCACGAAAAAGCUUCAACAAAUAAGCAAAGUGGAAUGGAGAAACCAACAGGUGCUCCAAAAGUCGAUGUGCAGGAGAAGCCAUUUGAAUGCACUCAUUGUGGGAAGAGAUUCAGUCAGCAUUGUAUGUUAAAAAUUCACCAGCGGAUUCACACAGGAGAGAGACCUUACAAGUGCUCUCAGUGUGGCCUGAGUUUUCGCUGGAGGAGAAACCUGAUUGCCCACCAGAGCGGCCACCCGGGCGAAAACCCUCUCCAGUGUUCAAUGUGUGAUGAAACAUUCGUCUCUGAAGCAAGUCUGAAAAAACAUCAAGAUGAGUUUCAUUCAGGGGUCUCUCAUACAUGCAGUUUGUGUUUGAAGACAUUUACUCAAGCAGCCGGCCUCAGAAAACACGUUCGGUAUGUUCACGAAGGCGAGCGACCGCACAAAUGCUCUGAGUGCGGGAGAGGAUUCGUCAAACUUUCCGAUCUCGCGCGUCAUCAGCGCCGCCAUCAUUACGACCGGGGCGACGGACUCUUUCAGUGCUCGCAGUGCGAGCGAAGCUUCAGUCAACCCAGCAGUCUGGUUCUGCACCGACGGACACACACCGAAGAAAAGCACGAGUGCCCUCAGUGCGAUAAGAUUUUCAGUCAGGCGGGACACCUGAAGGUCCACUUGCGCACUCACAGCAAAGAGAAUAAACCCAAAUUCGAGUGUGCUGAAUGUGGCAAGAGUUUUGGCCAAGCUAAAGAUUUGGUGGUUCAUCAGAGGGUUCACACCGGAGAAAAGCCGUACCAGUGCCCUCAGUGCAAGAAGAGCUAUCGGCAGUUUGCGCAUUUGUCCGUACAUCUGCGAAGUCACACGGGGGAGAAGCCGUAUCAGUGCCCCAAUUGUCUCAAAUUCUUCGCUCAUUCAUCAUCCAUGAAAAAACACCUGCGUGUAAUGCAUGCAGAGGGGAAAGAUUUACCCGUCCCAAAGGAAGUUGUUAAGGUCACUGUUGGCGUCGGCCCAUCUAACACGACUGUAGAAGUUAAGCAAGAACCAGAGUCUGGUGAUGAAUACGAAUGUCAAGUGAAAUCUGAAGAAAACUGCUUUGCUGUAAUGGAUGAUGUGAAGGCUGUUACAGUCUCUUCAGCUCCUUCCAGUCCAUUAUCAUCUGGGACUUUUAAAGAUGAAAAAUGAAUGUGGAUGGAAACUAGGGUUUCUCGCCAACAAUCUGCCAAACUUCAGAGCGCAUAGAAGAACCUGCAGCAUCAACUAGAUUGCCAAUGACAAAAAAAAAACAUUUUCAAGAAGUAGAAUUGCAUUCUACACUUACUCCAGAAGCUGGUCUCCAUCCAUGAAGACUCCAGCCUCCCUAAUUGGAAAGGUGGUAUUGAGACAAAAAACUGUGAUCUACAAGAAUCCACACCACAGCAUGGACUGUGGGGUUUAGUUAAGCAGGGAACCUUUUAGGAUAACAGUCGCUGUUAGUGCUCCUGAUGAGAAAUAUCCAAUCUGAAGAGCUUUCCGGAGGCCUCAAACAUGACCUACUUAUUUUUAGACUUUGUUGAGAUAUACACAAACUUUUGCCAGAUAUUAAAUUCAUACUGGAGAGAAGCAUUGACAUUUGGC